GGGAUGCUGUACUAUGUUAUUUGUCACAACAGACGGACUUUUCAAACACCCCCGCCCAAAGAGACGCGGAUUCUUGUUUUAUUCAUAUAUGCAGCCCAAGCGUAACACUAAAAUUGAAAGAUAACACAGUUUCCUGUAGCCGUCGGCCGAGGACUUUAUGUGUUAUGACUACAGAGUUAUGAGGGAGGACUGAGAGAGUUAACGUUAGUUUACCUCAGUGUAGCUCUCCUUGAAUCCAGCAUGAAGCGCCCGGUGUUCAGCUUAUUCUCCGUCUGCGCUGUUUUCUUAGUCUGGACUUUGUUUUCGGCGCCGUGGGGUUCCUCAUACCCUCUCGACGGAGGAACAGACUCGCCGCAGCUGAGGUUCGUGGAGGAGUUUGAUCGGUUUAGGCUCGGGUUCAGCUGGCACAACAUGUCCUGCGCGGUGUGUAAAGCGAUCUUCGCCACGCUUGACAUUGCUCUCCUGAGUGACUCAAACAUGGAGCGUGUGGCGCAUGCUUUAGGAGAGGCCUGUGUUCGACUGCAUCUGGCCGAGGCUCAAGUAUGCAGAGAAAUCACGGAGCUCUUCCGAAACGAUGUCAUCCUUGCGCUCCAGGAGUCCUUCCUCUGGCCCUCGGAGGCUUGCGCUCUACUGGUGGGACCAACAUGUGGCCAUUUUGAUAUUUAUGCACCCUGGAAUGUGUCCCUGCCGCAGGUCCCCAAACCCCCUGUUAAACCGCCCAAACCUCCCAAAGAGGGUUCUCCACAGAGCCGAAUUCUCUUCCUCACGGAUAUCCACUGGGAUGCGCAGUAUGCUGAGGGCAGUCUCGUGGACUGUAAGAUGCCACUGUGCUGUCGAAAUGACUCUGGAAGAGCCAGUUGGAAGCAGACUGGAGCCGGAUACUGGGGCACGUAUGGCGAUUGUGACCUGCCUCUGCGCACAGUGGAGAACCUUCUCCAAAACGUUGCCAAAUCUGGCCCAUGGGAUUGGGUUUACUGGACAGGAGACAUUCCAGCACACAACGUGUGGUCUCAGACCCGGGCACAACAGCUGAACGAGCUCGUCACCAUCACUAGACUCAUACACAAACACCUGGGGCCUAAUGUAACCGUUUACCCAGCGGUUGGGAAUCACGAGAGCACACCGGUGAAUAGCUUCCCUCCUCCGUUUGUACAUGGCAAUCGGUCAUCCCGCUGGCUUUAUGACACCAUGGCUGAGGAGUGGGCACCCUGGCUGCCAGAGGACGCCCUGGAGACGAUACGGCGUGGAGGGUUUUACACGGUUGAAGUUGAGCGUGGUUUGAGGGUGGUGUCCCUGAACAUGAACUUCUGUGCGCGAGAGAACUACUGGCUGAUGGUGAACUCCACAGACCCGGCGGAUCAGCUCCAGUGGCUCAUACACAUCCUACAAGUGUCCGAGAACAAGGGAGAGAAGGUCCACAUCAUCGGUCACAUCCCCCCUGGACUCUGCUUGAGCAGUUGGAGUUGGAAUUACUAUCAUAUAGUGAACAGAUAUGAAAGCACCAUAACUGGACAGUUUUUUGGACACACGCAUGUUGAUGAGUUUCAGAUGUUCUAUGAUGAAGAUACACUGACUCGUCCGCUAAGUGUGGCUUUCAUCGCCCCAAGUGUGACCACUUUUGUCAACCUGAACCCAGGAUAUCGCGUGUAUUACGUGGAUGGAAACUACCCAGGCAGCAGUCGCAUGGUUUUGGAUCACGAGACUUUUAUUCUGAACCUGACUCUGGCCAACAACCAGCCCUCAAAACCUGACCCCAGCCCUUCCUGGACCUUAUUGUACCGUGCGUCUAAGGCCUACGGUUUGUCCACACUCUUCCCAUCAGACAUGGACGCUUUGAUCAAAGUCAUGAAGAAUGAUGACCGUGUCUUCCAGCUCUUCUGGUACCUCUUUCAUAAAGGCCACGUCUCAGAGCCCUGCACAGACACUUGCAAGACUUCACUGAUCUGCCUUCUACACAGCGGACGACACGACCUCGUAACACAGUGUGACGUGCUGCAUGGAGAUAAACACUCUGUUAGGAAGACGAUGUGUUGAGAAAAUAUGAGAAUAAAUAGAAUUCUAAUGGGUU